AUGUCUGGAGGAGUGGAUUCCAGUGUAUCAGCAGCACUUUUGAAACAGCAAGGAUUUAAUGUAGAAGGGUUUUAUAUGAAAAACUGGGAUACUCGAGAUGAACGAGGUGUAUGUCCUAGUGAACAAGAUUGGCAAGAUGUUCAACAAGUAUGUAAAAAACUGGACAUUCCAUGUACUCAAGUUGAUUUUGUGAAAGAUUACUGGCAUCAAGUAUUUCAAGAUACUCUGGACGAUUAUGCAGCUGGCCUGACACCCAAUCCAGAUGUCAUGUGUAAUCAACAUAUCAAGUUUGGAUCUCUAUUGAAUCGUAUUCCGGAAGACUGUUGGUUGGCAACAGGUCAUUAUUGUCGAACGGAUGGUUAUGGACGAUUAUUACGAGGAAAGGAAGUAGGCAAGGAUCAAUCUUAUUACUUAUCAACGGUACCUUACACAGCUUUACAAAGAACAUUAUUUCCUCUUGGCGAAUUUACAUCCAAAGAACAAGUCAAACAACUAGCACAUACAUUUGGAUUUGACCAGGUGGCAACCAAACGAGAAAGUUAUGGGAUUUGUUUUGUGGGACAACAUCGAAAAUUUGCUGAUUUUUUGGCUCAAUACAUUGAUCAACCUCGUGGUCAGGCGGUGGAUCUAGAGACUGGAAAGAUCAUUGGCGAACAUCAAGGCUUAUUUGGCUACACGAUCGGUCAGGCGGCUCAUAUUCAUCAUGGUCCUCAUAAAUGGUUUGUUGCUGAAAAGGAUAUGACUACCAAUACGUUAUAUUGUGUACCUGGUUCCACUCAUCCUUCUCUUUUUCAUAAAGCUUGUAUUGCUCGUCAUUGGACUUGGAUUCAUACUUAUCAACCCUCUCAUCAAUCAUCAUCACCUGUAAACCUUUUGGCCCAAGUUAGAUAUCGUCAACAACCUCAACCUGCUCAACUUACUCAAGAUCCUGAUGGACGGUAUCGUGUGACAUUUGAUCAACCUAUACGAGCCAUGGCCAAAGGACAACAAGUCGUAGUUUGGGAAAAGGAUUGGUGUUUAGGUAGUGGUGUUAUAGAUGAAAUUAUUCCAGCCUAUAGUUUAGUUUAG